AUGACGCGCGGUACAUUUGCCAAUAUCCGUAUUGCUAACAAGCUCUUAAAUGGAGAAGUUGGCCCCAAGACAGUUCACAUUCCUACGGGAGAGACACUUUGUGUUUUUGAUGCAGCUAGUAGAUACAAAACCGCAGGACAGGAUACGAUCGUACUAGCUGGUGCAGAGUAUGGAAUAGGUUACUCUCGCGAUUGGGCCGCAAAAGGUCCAAAGCUUCUGGGAGUGAAAGCUAUUAUUGCAAAGAGCUUCGACAGAGUCCACCGCAGCAACUUAGCUAGUAUUGGGAUUGUUCCUCUGUGUUUCAAGUCUGGUGACGAUGUAGAAACCCUUGGACUGACUGGCCAUGAACGCUACACAAUCCACCUUCCUAGCAAUAUUAGUGAGAUAAAACCGGGUCAAGACAUAACUUUAACUACGGACACUGGCAAAUCUUUUGCAUGCACUUUGCGGUUAGAUUCCAAGUUGGAAGUGGCGUACUAUGAUCAUGGCGGUAUGCUUCCGUACAUCAUUCGAAGUUUAAGCAACAAGUACGCUUUGAAUCAAUAA